UUCUCUCAUUCUAUUUUUUCCCACUUUCAUUUUAUUCGCCGUUUUGUCGUCGUCGUGGACACUUCCGAAAUUACUCAGAUUUCUGGGUUUUUAUCGAGUAAAAAUGGAUAAUAAAGAAAAAGAAGACGAAGAGCUUUCCGACGAGCUCAAGGAUCAGCCUGGACCGUCGGAGAAGCCUAGAACUCCGACGGUUGUUGCUUUUACAAAACCCAGCUUCUAUCGAGUGAAUACGGUAAUAAGUGAUGUGAAAGUGUGCCGAUCGAUGUCUUACGAUAUGUGUGGAAAUCAUCAGCAGGAGCUGUUAUUUGAUCUCUAUAAAGAUGAAACUACAGGAAAAGUCUACUUGCCAAGGUUUUUCAAGGCACUUCUAGAAAGCGGAAUUCGAAAAGAUGAUCCUCGAAUUGACAAAAUGAUUCAAAAUAUAAAAGAUGCUGAUCUUCUCGAUGAUUUUGUUUGGGGAACUCAACAUAUUUAUUUGGAAAAAGAUACAUUCAAACGAUACAUUGGAUCCAGCAUCGGAGUUGUAACAAAAGCUCUCAAAAAGCAAAUGAUUAUUCCUGAUUGGGAACGAUUUGUGUCUGAUAUGGGAGAAAUAUUUGAAGAUGUUCGUUCGCAUAAUGAGGGUGAUCUUGCCACGUAUAUUCCACAAUUAUCAAGAGUUGCACCGGAUAGUUGGGCAAUGUCUGUGUGUACAAUUGAUGGACAACGGAAAAUGUGGGGUGAUGCAUUGAAACCAUUCUGCUUGCAAAGUGUAUCAAAACCAUUUACAUAUGCUUUAGUUCAUGAUGAUAUUGGACCUGAAGAACUUCAUGCACAUGUUGGACAAGAACCUUCUGGAAGACUUUUUAAUGAUAUUAGUCUUGAUCACAAUAAAAAGCCACACAAUCCACUCAUCAAUGCUGGUGCCAUUGUAGUCGCUUCACUUCUCAAGAACAAACUACCACUUGCUGAUCGAUUUGAUUUUAUGAUCCACGCAUGCCGAAAAUUCGUUGGCAGUGGCUACAUUGGAUUUGAUAAUUCUGUUUUCUUGUCCGAACGGGAAACAGCUGAUCGAAACUACGCAUUAUCGUACUACAUGAGAGAACACAAAGUUUUUCCAAAAGAUUUAAAUUUACAAGACACUCUUGAUCUCUAUUUUCAAAUUUGUUCUAUUGAAACAAACUGUGAUUCAUUGGCUGUGAUGGCUGCAACAUUGGCAAAUGGAGGUGUCAAUCCGAUGAAUGGAGAACGAAUUGUGAAUAAUCGUGCUUGCCGUGAUACUCUCUCAUUGAUGUACUCUUGUGGAAUGUACGAUUGGUCGGGGCAGUUCGCUUUCCACGUAGGUCUUCCAGCCAAAUCAGGAGUAUCUGGAGAUAUGAUUAUUGUGAUUCCGAAUGUGAUGGGUAUUGCCUUGUACAGUCCACGACUUGAUAAACUUGGAAACACGGUUCGAGGUGUCAAGUUUGCAGAACAGCUCGUACAAAAGUAUAACUUCCAUAAUUAUGAUAGUCUGAUCUACUCGGAUAAUAAGAAAAUCGAUCCUCGUCGUCAAUUGAAAGAUGAUCAUGACGGUCAGAAUCGUUUCAUGUAUGCUACAAAAUUGGGUGAUAUUGCUGCAAUUAAACGAUUCCUUUUGAUGGGACAUGAUAUUCAUUGCAAAGAUUAUGAUGAUCGAACAGUUUUACACGUGGCUGCUGCUGAAGGAGACGUUGUCACAUUGGAAUACGUAUUGAGUAAAUGGCAAGAGGAUCCGAAUCCAUGUGAUAGAUAUGAUAGAACUCCAUUGGAUGAUGCUAAACAUUUUAAUCAUACUGCUUGUGUUAAGCUGCUAGAAGAGGCAAUUACGGUUUACAAUCUUAAAGGACAAGAUGAUUAGGAAUAGAUGUUCUAGAAAUUGAUUUAAAUUAAUAAAUCAUUCCAUUUUU